ACGUUGAUCAUGACUCUUACACCCAAGCGCAAGUGGUAUGUAGCAUUUGUGAUUGCAGUUGUUUGCACCAAUGAAGGAGCAUCUCGAGUUCUAGAUAGAACCUCCACAGUCAGUGCUGGAGGAGUACGUUUAGUGGAUGGCCCAAACAACUGCUCUGGCAGGGUGGAGGUUUAUUAUGCAGGCCAGUGGGGUACAGUGUGUGAUGAUGACUGGGACCUGCUGGAUGCCAAGGUAGUGUGUAGAGCGCUGGGCUGUGGGGUGGCGCUGGAGGCCCCGGACCAGGCUCACUUUGGCCAAGGCAGAGGGGAGAUCUGGCUAGAUGAUGUGCAAUGUUCUGGGAAUGAAGAGGCACUGCUUGGCUGCAGCUCAGAUGGACUGGGGUCACACAACUGUCGACAUUCUGAGGAUGCAGCAGCGAUAUGUGAGGGGCAUUCAGGUCCAUCCCCUUCAGAUUUCCAUUGUACAUACCCUUCAGAUCCAGAUUCCCAUUCUGACUUGACAGUGCGCCUAGUUGAUGGUCCCAACCGCUGCUCUGGCAGGGUGGAGGUCUACCAGGAUGGAAGUUGGGGGACAGUCUGUGAUGAUAACUGGGCUGUGCUAGAUGCCCAAGUUGUAUGUAGGGAGCUGAGCUGUGGACCAGCCACAGAGGCUCCUCACCAGGCUCACUUUGGUGAGGGGAGUGGCUCAAUCCUAUUGGAUGAUGUGGCGUGCAUGGGAAGUGAGGGAUCUUUACUGGAAUGCAGCUCAGGAGGGAUAGGAAACCAUGACUGUGGCCAUGAUGAAGAUGCCAGUGUAACUUGCAUGAUGGAACAAGAAGAUGCAUUUAGAAACAAUGGCAUUUCCAGAGUGCGUCUGGUCAACGGUCCCAACAACUGCUCUGGUAGAGUGGAGGUGUUUGACUCUGGCCAGUGGGGUACAGUGUGUGAUGAUGACUGGGAUCAGAGGGAUGCUCAGGUGAUGUGCAGAGAUUUGGGCUGUGGAGAAGCACUAGAGGCCUUUGGAUCUGCCAGGUUUGGAAAGGGCAGUGGCUCCAUCUCUCUGGAUGACUUGGCCUGUUCUGGCUCUGAAGACUCUUUGUUGCAGUGUCCCCACAGUGGACUGGGUAACCAUGACUGUGGCCACCAUGAAGAUGCAGGAGUCACCUGCGCUGGUCCUACAGAGAACAGCAGCAUUUCCAGAGUGCGUCUGGUCAACGGUCCCAACAACUGCUCUGGUAGAGUAGAGGUGUUCCACUCUGGCCAGUGGGGUACAGUGUGUGAUGAUGACUGGGACCUGCUGGAUGCCAAGGUAGUGUGUAGAGCACUGGGCUGUGGGGUGGCGCUGGAGGCCCCGAACCAGGCUCACUUUGGCCAAGGCAGGGGGGAGAUCUGGCUAAAGGAUGUGCAAUGUUCUGGGAAUGAAGGGUCACUGCUUGGCUGCAGCUCAGAUGGACUGGGGUCACACAACUGUGAACAUUCUGAGGAUGCAGCAGCGAUAUGUGAGGGGCAGUCAGGUUCAUCCCCUUCAGAUUUCCAUUGUCCAUCCCCUUCAGAUUCCCAUUCUGACUUGACAGUGCGCCUAGUUGAUGGUCCCAACCGCUGCUCUGGCAGGGUGGAGGUCUACCAGGAUGGAAGUUGGGGGACAGUCUGUGAUGAUAACUGGGCUGUGCUAGAUGCCCAAGUUGUAUGUAGGGAGCUGAGCUGUGGACCAGCCACAGAGGCUCCUCACCAGGCUCACUUUGGUGAGGGGAGUGGCUCAAUCCUAUUGGAUGAUGUGGCGUGCAUGGGAAGUGAGGGAUCUUUACUGGAAUGCAGCUCAGGAGGGAUAGGAAACCAUGACUGUGGCCAUGAUGAAGAUGCCAGUGUAACUUGCAUGAUGGAACAAGAAGACCCAUUUAAAAACAAUGGCAUUUCCAGAGUGCGUCUGGUCAACGGUCCCAACAACUGCUCUGGUAGAGUGGAGGUGUUUGACUCUGGCCAGUGGGGUACAGUGUGUGAUGAUGACUGGGAUCAGAGGGAUGCUCAGGUGAUGUGCAGAGAGUUGGGCUGUGGAGAAGCACUAGAGGCCUUUGGAUCUGCCAGGUUUGGAAAGGGCAGUGGCUCCAUCUCUCUGGAUGACUUGGCCUGUUCUGGCUCUGAAGACUCUUUGCUGCAGUGUCCCCACAGUGGACUGGGUAACCAUGACUGUGGCCACCAUGAAGAUGCAGGAGUCACCUGCGCUGGUUCUGCUUCCGGGGCCUUCUGAAUGCAUGUAGUGUAGAGCUCUCAUCCAUCCAGUCUAGUAGUAACAAUGGUCAACCAUAGAUACUGUAUGUACAUUCAAAUUCCAUUUCUAUGAUACCACCUCUCUCCUCCUGGGACAUGCUGGUGUGCAAAUCAAACACACUAAUAAAAAUACAGUACGGAAAACCAUUAUCUGUAACAAUUGAAUUCUGACCAGAGGGGAUUUUCUUGCUUUCAGCAAGGAAUGUGGCAUCCAACUAUUUAAAAUCCUGCCUCAUGUAUCAUUCAUAAAAGCCCUCUUUAAUGACACAAUGCCAAGAAGGUUGCUGUGUCAGAGUUUCCAGACUGAGAAGGUGAAGACAACCCAGGCCAGCCAAGCCCCAAAGGCCUUCUAAAUUUGAACUCCAAUAUAAUUCAAAUGCAAUCACAUGAGGUAUAAGAUUAGUAUGCAUAAGGUGUUGAACAUUAUUUGUGUAGUGUUGACAAUACUGUAACGUCAAUUAGGAAGUGAACUGAAAUACAAUUUUAAAAAAUCAUCAGAGAAAAUAAUGGGCAAUUUUUUAUUCAUGGUUUUAAUUUAAAUUCAUUACAUGAUAUUUAGACAUUUAAAAGUUUGUGUUGACAUUUUUCUAGUUCUACUAAACAUUGUAUUUGUUAUGUCCCUUGCAUAGUUUGGUUUCUACAAGUAACAGGACCUUGAGUCAUAUUACCAGGCUAGUGUACUGUGAAUUAUUAUAAUUGACUCUAUCUUGGAUUAAAUCAAAGUAAUGAAUACUG